AUGAAAUUGGAUGACAGUUUUAUCGUGAAUUUUCGGGGCAAAGGAGGACUUCGUUUGCGACACAUAGGUAUAUCGCAUUGGCUGAGCGCUCGAAGGGAACUUUUUCAUUUCAUCUCGCCGCCCGAUGUAAUUUUCCUCCAGAUCGGAGAAAAUGGCAUUAGUGAUUGGACUUGUUGUGAGAAGCUAGCGGGGGACCUCAUAUCUGUGGCAGCAUAUCUGCGGGAUGGCGCUGGUGUAAAGGUGGUUAUAAUCGGCCAAUUAAUUCGGCGAUUGCCUUUUGCAGCCUGUCGAGGUUUUAAUGAUUCUGUAGUGGGGACGAAUGCACAGCUGGAGUCCAUGACCAAGUGUUUGUCUGGGAUACAUUUCUGGCGCCACAGGGGAUUCUGGAGAUACUUGACUUUCUUGGGUCCGGAUGGUGUACAUCUGUGCUGCACCCCCACGCACGACCAGCCCAUGCGGAAGUUUCUAAGAAGUAUUAGGAAUGCAGUUAUUCAAAUGACUAAAUGAUU